AAAGCCACGGCUGCGCCGAGCCACCAGCCGAUCCGCCGGAGCCGCGGCGGCGAGCGUGGGAACUCGGGCGGAGGCGAAGGUGGGCGGCGCGCGGCGCGGCGGCAGGAUGUGUGACCGGAAUGGCGGCCGGCGGCUUCGGCAGUGGCUGAUCGAGCAAAUCGACAGCAACAUGUACCCAGGGCUGAUUUGGGAAAAUGAUGAGAAGAGCAUGUUCCGGAUCCCCUGGAAACACGCUGGCAAACAAGAUUAUAAUCAGGAAGUCGACGCCUCCAUUUUCAAGGCCUGGGCAGUGUUUAAAGGGAAGUUCAAGGAAGGGGACAAGGCUGAACCAGCCACGUGGAAGACGAGGCUGCGCUGCGCUUUGAACAAGAGCCCAGAUUUUGAGGAAGUGACAGACCGGUCCCAGCUGGACAUUUCCGAGCCCUACAAAGUUUACCGCAUCGUUCCCGAGGAAGAGCAAAAAUGCAAGCUGGGCAUGGUGACCCCUGGCUGUGCAAAUGAGGUUCCGGAGAUGGAGUGCGGCCGCUCUGAAAUCGAUGAGCUGAUCAAGGAGCCCUCUGUGGACGAGUACAUGGGGAUGGUCAAAAGGAGCCCCUCCCCGCCGGAGGCUUGCCGGAGUCAGCUCCUCCCAGACUGGUGGACGCAGCAGCCCAGCGCAGGCUUGCCACUGGUGACAGGGUACACGGCCUACGAUGCGCACCAUGCAGCCUUCUCCCAGAUGGUCAUCAGCUUCUACUAUGGGGGCAAGCUUGUGGGCCAGACCACCACCACCUGCCCUGAGGGCUGCCGCCUGUCGCUGAGCCAGCCGGGCCCGCCUGGUGCCAAGCUCUACGGGCCCGAGGGCCUGGAGCUGGUGCGCUUCCCACCGGCCGACGCCAUCCCCAGCGAGCGGCAGAGGCAGGUGACCCGGAAGCUGUUUGGGCACCUGGAGCGCGGCGUGCUGCUGCAGAGCAGCCGGCAGGGCGUGCUCGUCAAGAGGCUGUGCCAGGGCCGCGUGUUCUGCAGCGGCAACGCCGUGCUGUGUAAGGACAGACCCAACAAGCUGGAGCGCGACGAGGUGGUCAAGGUCUUCGACACCAGCCAGUUCUUCAGAGAGCUGCAGCAGUUUUACAACCACCAGAGCCGACUUCCCGACAGCAGGGUGGUGCUGUGCUUUGGAGAAGAGUUUCCGGACAUGACCCCCUUGCGCUCCAAGCUCAUUCUCGUGCAGAUUGAGCAGCUCUACGUCCGGCAGCUGGUGGGAGAAGCCGGGAAGAGCUGUGGUGCCGCCUCCAUGCUGCAGGCUCCCGAGGAGCCCCAGCCAGACCAGGUCUUCCGAAUGUUUCCAGAUAUCUGUGCCUCACACCAGAGACCCUUUUUCAGAGAAAACCAGCAGAUCACAGUUUAAGUCCCUCUCUGGGGCACUCUCCCCCGCCUAGGUCCUGCGUUUCGUUAUUACGAUUACUGUCGUGAUUAUUUAAGGGUGCGGAUCCCUCCGACCUGGCGUCCUCUGCCCUUAAUUCAGCAAGGGCGUUCUCUGAGGACGCGGCGCUGGAGGCCCAGCGGCGUCCCAGUUCUCGUGCUGAGGUGCAGAUGCCGAAGCGCACCCUGAACUGGUCUGGGUGCUGUGACGACAACCUGUGAUUAAAACCUUUAUUUCAUGAAUUUUUUCCCGAUUGCCAUUAGUUGCUAGAUUCUUUCAGCAUUUUGGGUUAAUUGAUAUUUCCAAAGGCCUGGCACUCAGUUUUACUAGCAAGUAGCUGCUUCCGGUCAAGAGCUCUGGAGUGUAAGAUCCCCUCGUCAGAACCAGGCUGCCUUUUGUCUUUACUUUUUGUUAGAGCUGUAGGUUGAUGGUUUCAUACGCUUGCUUCAUUGUGAACUACCUUUUCAUCUUAAGCAUGUUACUAAGAUUGAAAAAUGUUUAGAUACCAGCCUCCCUUCAAUAAGUGAAAGCAAAGCUCGUGGCUUAUCAGAAGAAUAUGUGUUCUUCCUAGAAUUUGGUGCCAGGCAAGUGGUUCUAUCAGCAGGUGAACUGCUGUGUUGUUACCUUCAGACAGUGAAGAUCUUCCCUUUGGGCCUUCGUUGCCAGGAAGCUCAGAGCUAAAUUUAUUUUUUCAUUUCUGUAGUUAAAUCAUCCCAGAUACUGUUCUCUAUUCUUCUUUCUAAAUGGCUUUGACCUGUUUAAAAAAAUAUCUGUACUUUCAAUUGUCCUUUUGUAAACGGCUCUGAAUCAAUUUUUUUUCUUUUUACAAAGUGGGCAGAAUAGAAAUCACAAGUUCAAAAGCAGCUGGGGAUUGAAUAAGCAUUCUGACUGUGCGUUAGAUUCAGGCUUAGAUUCCUCAAGCUGUUCAUCAGCCGGCAGUGUUGAGCGUGUGGCCGGGCUGGACUGGGCUGGGGUUGUGAAUGCGAUGGGACAGCUUCUCAUCGCUGCCCUGGCCGUGGGGUGGGCCUUGCAGGGGGAGUGCCUCUCCCCAACCCUGGUCCUCCUCAAGGUUCAAGGUCCCCACUCCUCACUGAAUUCCACUCUUCAACUGAGUCACAUAGGGGAUUCCAAUGGAGAAGGCCCACGGUCAGCCCUGGAAGAAUUACUGCCCGAACCUGUCCAAAUGUUUGCCUUAAAUCAUGGUGCUCAUCAGAAGCUAAGGCUGAAGACUGGGAGCGAUGGCUGGGCUGGGGGGUGACCCUCCAUGCAGGGCAGUGCGUCCACACCACCUUAAAGGCCCUUCUGUGAUUAAAAUGCACCUGAACAUUUUUUCUAAACAAAGUGUUUUGCUAGAUGGGGUGCCUCUUACCCGCCUGGGCGUCCUGCACACUGCAUGGCUGCCCCCAGUGUGUGUCAGGUCUGCAGGCGGCCCCCUUCACGCCAGUGCGGCUUGUUGGCAGACCUGACUGAGUCAGGCACAUGGCCGGGGGUGGGGUGUCAGGGGUGGCGGUGGUCUGUUUGGCUCCCUUCCACUCUCCCUGGGAAGAUAACCCAGCCUGGGUCACCACCAUCCCUGACUCAGAGUAUCAAACAGCAGGAAGGAGCCUCAUCUGUCAACGUCAUUUUGGAAGUGGCAGAAGUCAGGGUGGUGAGUCUCUGAUGUGCAGUGGAGAAGCCAAAGCGUGCCUGCUCACUUCCCCGUGACUCCUUCCGUGAAGGCGAUGUAGGCCCCGCGUGCAGCAGGGCUCGAUGAUCGCAGGUCCUUCAGGUGUGCCCGAGUUCACGUGAGAAUAUAGGAAAACUCCAGUAAAGGUGUUUUUUUCCUCUUUGGCCAGCAGAAGCCAGCAUACAUUUCUGAGGAUACCAGACCUGUUUUCUGAAAUGUCAGAUAACAAUAGGCUUUACUCUCUGCUCAAAUGAAUGUUAAAGCACACAUCUUUAAUAAUGCUGAAUGAAUAUUUAUUUUUGUAUCCUUUAAAAAGUAUAUUGAUCUUUUUAAUUCUUUAUGAAAAUAAAGUGCCCUUUUUUAAAGCUGA